ACUAAGCGCAGAGGCAGGAAGGGCAGGCAGGACCCGGUGUUGAUUCUCGAGAGAGGGCAGUGUUGCUGUUUUACAGGCUUUAUUAAUAAUAUUAUUCAGUGUUUUACUGGGAAGACAUGCAGCAGUUAUUAUACUAACACUGCUGUCUGCCUUCUCGCCCGUUCCUGCCCGUGUUCGCUGAUGAUUUGCGGUUAGAAUCCGGUGUUUUAGCGCGGAGAUGGCGGACGAGGCUCUGUUUCAGUUCCUCCAUAAUGAAGUGAUUCAGUAUGUGAACAGCGCGGAGAGCGGAGACACUGAAAAUGGACGGUGUGUUUCCAAACUGGAAAACAUGGGAUUCCGUGUUGGACAGGGACUCGUCGAAAGGUUCACUAAAGACACAGCACGAUUUAAGGAUGAGCUCGAUGUCAUGAAGUUCAUCUGCAAGGAUUUCUGGACCUGUGUGUUUAAGAAACAGAUUGAUAACCUGCGAACAAACCAUCAGGGUAUUUAUGUCCUACAAGACAACAAGUUCCGGUUGCUGAACCAACUGUCCGCUGGUAAACAGUAUCUGGAUCAUGCCCCAAAGUAUUUGGCAUUUACCUGUGGCCUGGUGAGAGGAGGACUGUCCAAUCUUGGAGUGAAGAGUAUUGUAACGGCAGAAGUUUCCGUCAUGCCUGCUUGUAAAUUUCAGGUCAUGAUCCAGAAGAUGUAAAGAAGAACAAAAUCCUCAUAAUAUAUAUUGUUCUCAUUUGUUUCACUUUUUUUGUUUAGUUUGUUUCCAUUUAAAAGACACUUGAAAUUUCCUUUCAUGUAAAGUAUAGCAUGUUGAGGUCCAGUUUUAAUUUGUACAUCUUUGAUUUAUAUAUAUGCUUUUACACUUUAAUUAUGUUUGAUUACACUUUAUGAAUCAUGUUUACACUAAAUGCAAUUAAAAAUCUAAUUUUGCUUUCAA